CUUGAUUGGUGCAUUGCAAACCAAAGCCGGUCGCGGCGACAGCGUCGGUGUGAUGGAGGUCACAUUUGAAGCCGUGGAAGUGCCGCCAAAGACUGCAGCGGCGCGCAAGCGUGCUACAUCCAUACUGCUUUCUGGAGACAUUGGUCUCUCAGCAGAAGUCAUGCAGCGAGGUCGUUUGCUUCCUGGCACUUAUGUCGCCUUGGUUGGACGCGUCGGUCCAUGUGAGAAGGUGUGGUUGCGCCGGACUCGCCUACUUCCAUCGACGUCAUCGCAACCUCUACAAACUGUUGACAAGAAUGGCCUGCCGACAGUAUAUGGCUCGCAUCCACAGCAGGAAAAGGGCAUUCCAUUGCACAUAACACUUCAUCCCAUUCCGAAUCACGUGGUGCCCACGGUCGAGUACAUUCAUUUGGAGUGGGUAAAGCCGCCGACGUGUUUGCCCAGCGGCCACCACCAGUCAUUGCCGUCGCUUCCACUUUUGCCCAUGCUUGUCGGAGGAAUCUUUGAGCACAACAUGACGUGGCACUGUGUUUGGCACGGCAUAGACUACGGCACUUGGCGCUGUUUUCUGGGAGGCUCAGUAUUGUCUCAGAGCUGCAAAGAAGAUCACAGUCGUGCCGCACCCGCGGUUGUCGGCGAAUUCAUUCGACAUCGCAAGGUCGGGGUGGUUGGAAGGCAGACUCAACUGACUGUGUCCCACCCGGCCAACUCAAGCUUCCGCCUCGUGCCUCCAGCUUCAAAUUCACCAUCCUAUGUGGCCAACGCCUCAGCCACUGCCCUCGUGGACUUUGCCACUCAGGCCCUCACACACCCCGAAUCCAGUUUGUGCCGUAUCUUAAUGCAUGGCCCCAUGGGCUCUGGGAAAACUAGCGCCGUCCACCACCUUGCCCACAUACACAACGCGACGCUGCUCGAGCUGGACGCGACCGUCCUCGCGCUGCAGACGCCCAUGGUAUCGUCGCUGGAGCGUCCGUUCCUAGCGUGCUUCACGGCUGCUCUCCACAUGCAGCCGGCGGUCGUGUGCAUUAAGCACAUCGAGCGCCUCUUUCCCAAAACGCUGGACGGUCCCGCGGCCACCCGCAUCGCCGAUUUUUGCAACGCGCUCAAUACACUGCAGCUCGAGCACGCGCGUGUGGCGGUGGUGGCCACCGUUGUGGACACGGCCAGGCUGGUCCCUCGCGUGCGGCAGUGCUUUCAGGACGAAAUUGACAUGGAGCUCACGGCGCUUCCAUUCCGCCAGCGCUUACUCCGGUCGUUGUUCCCGCCGUAUCCAGAUGCCAGCGCCAUCGCGUCGGUGAACGCGAUCUUGAUGCAGCAUGGUCAACAGCCUGGCGACAUCGUGUCGUAUGUGCGGCGCGCCAUUGCAAACGCCGUGGCGGAGACAGGCACUUGGCAUGCCACGUUAUCACCGGUUGACUUGGUCACGUCAUUUCGUGCGGACCCGGCCAAGUCGCCAUCAUCCUCCACCACAGCGUCCGCCGUGACGUUACCGAAUGUGUCGUGGCGAGACAUUGGAGGCGCCGACGCCGUCAAGCAGACCCUGCAAGAAAUGGUCGUAUGGCCAUUCGAGAAACCCGAGGUGUUUGAUCGGAUGGGGAUUACUCCGCCCAUCGGGCUUCUGCUGUUUGGCCCUCCAGGCACGGGAAAAACGAUGCUCGCCAAGGCAGCUGCAGCGGCCACGAUGUGCAACUUCAUGAACGUCACUGCGACCGACUUGAUCUCGUCAGAGUUUGGCGACAGCGAGAAAGCAGUGGCCCGCGUCUUCGACACGGCCCGCGCCAUGAGUCCAUGCAUUGUGUUUUUCGACGAAUUCCAGUCCAUGUUUGCCACCCGGUCGUCUGCGGGCCAGGUGCUCGACACGUUUUCGUAGAGGUUUGACAAAGGCCAUUGACGUGUGGUAGAUGGGGUCCCGCAUGGCGUCGCAGCUGCUCCAGGAAAUCGAUGCCCUCCGCGCGCUGCGGCACCAAAACGCCUCGGAGCAUUAUGUGUUUGUCCUGGCGGCGACCAACUGCGUCGACGCCAUCGACGACGCAUUCUUGCAGCCUGGUCGGUUUGAGCACGUCGUGCAUGUGGGCCACCCCGACGCCGCGGGUCGCCGGCAAAUCCUGGACCUCGUGCGGUCGAAAAUGCCGUGGGACGAACAUGUCGACGUCGACGAUCUCGUAGCAGACACGGAAGGCUUGAGCGCGGCGGAACUAGUGUCCGUUGCCCGCAUGGCAGCGGUGCUGGCGCUGGCAAACGAUGAGGCAAGUGUAUCGAUGGACCAUUUGCGCCAAGCCCUCAUCACAACGUUGGAGCGGUACCAUGCCACGUACGCAGGAUAAAUGUCCCUCCGAGUCCUAUUCAGUCACGAGCGUACCACACGCCCCUUUCGUCCCACAAUCGUGUCUUGACGGAAUCGUCGUGGCGACGAUUUUGUUUGAACGAACCCACCCUGCUUGGCUGCAA